AUGCCUGCGCCUGUUCGUGCCUUUUACAUGCCAUUUGUGGCAAUCUUGUACCUGCCUGUCUACUUGAUAGCGCAGGCCGUCCGUUUUCUUUUCCGCGGCGUGGUUGGGUUGCGGGGAGGCGACAUUCAUGCUGCUCUCCACGACUUCGCCGUCAUGCUCCUGUCUCUGUUUCUCCACGUUGGCCUUGUCUACGCUCUCCGAAACCGGAUGAUUCAACCAAUCGAUUGGAAUGCGUUCUUCCGGGGUCCCCGCGGCCCUCCUGGUGGCCCUCCUGGCCCUCCUCGCGGCCCCUUCCCCGGGCCAGACCCAUAUGCUGGCGCCGGUGCUCCUUCUCCUCGCUGUCCUGCCCUUCGGGGUAGAGGCUCCCGACCUACGCGUGGACCUGGCCGUUACUAUGCUCACCCCUACUAUGCUCAAGCUGGAUAUGGUUGUGGUAUCUCGAUUUCACUAGUGCUAAUCAUGUUUCUUUGCUUUACGCAGUUUGUGUCAUCCCGUGGUAACGAAUACUUUUGUGAGAUCGAUGAGGACUAUUUGACCGAUCGCUUCAACCUUACUGGUCUCAACACCGAGGUUUCAUACUAUCAGUACGCGCUCGAUCUUGUGACCGACGUUUUUGAUCUCGACGCCGACGAUGAUCUCCGUGAGCAAAUCGAGAAAUCCGCCCGCCAUCUGUACGGCCUUGUUCACGCUCGAUACAUUGUCACCACUCGCGGUCUUGCUAAGAUGCUUGAGAAGUACAAGAAGAGUGAUUUUGGAAAGUGUCCCCGUGUGAUGUGCGAUGGCCACGCGCUGUUGCCUCUUGGUCAGUCGGACCUGCCAAACAUGAGCACCGUCAAACUGUACUGCCCCAAGUGCGAAGAUAUCUACAACCCCAAGUCAUCCCGCCACUCCUCAAUUGACGGCGCCUACUUCGGUACCUCAUUCCACUCCAUCCUGUUCCAGGUCUACCCUGCUCUCAACCCCGAGAAGAGCAGCCGCCGCUACGAGCCCCGCAUUUACGGUUUCAAGGUUCACGCUGCUGCCGCGCUCGCCCGCUACCAAGACGGCCAACGCGAGGAACUCAAGUGGCGCCUGGCAGAAGUCGACAUUCAGCACCGGUUUAUCGAAGAUAGCGAGAGCGAUGGCGAUGCGUUCGAGUACGAUGAAGAUUAUCCCGAGGGCCACCACCCUGCGAAGAACGAGAAGCUCAUCGGCGACGCAGCCUCCGCUCGCAUGGAGAUCGGAAACUAA